AUGUCCAACAUCAACGCCACCGAGCUGCAGUCGCUCCUGCUGUCCUUACUCCAGCACUGCCUCAACGGCACAAGUAUUCUGUCUCCGCCUGCAACUCGGAACGACACCGCCCAUCAGGCUGUGCACCACACGACCAGGGCCUGGGCCCGCGCUCAGUCUCAGGGAAUCGUGUACAUCGUCCUGGUGGUCGGCAUGUUCAGCUUCUUCACAUUCGGCAUCAUGCUCAGCUUCAUUCGCUCCAAGAAGCUGGCAAGCUCCCAUGAUCCAUACCACCAGUACAUUGCCCGUGACUGGACCAAGGUGAUGACUCCGACCAGGGCCGUCGCCCGGGCCCUGCACAGGGAGGCUGCGGGCGUGUGGGCUGGCAGCGGGGAACCGGUCGUCAUCUGCAACCCUGCAGCACUGGAUCAGCGGACAGACACGUUUGCCGCAUCACAAAUAAUGUAACGGUCUCAACACAUAAACGUUAGAUUUUUUUAUCACCUUAACUUCAAAUGUCACAAUGUCAAAAGCUACAGUGUUAGGGUCCCAUUUCAAGAUCAGUAAUUUCACAGAAACAGCUUGUAUCCUAAAAAUAACCCACUGUUGUGUUCAGAUGUAAAAGAGUAAAAGAGUGCAACCAUCGACUCAGACGAUGGUUACACUAUACAGCAGGCGAACAGGUCUGUCUGAAAUAUUGCCAAAAAUUAUUGGUUUAAGUUUUUUGAUGUUCACAUAGAUUUAGAGCUGUAGUGUUUUCAUCUGAAUAAAUCCUGCAUCCAA